AUGCGGAUCUGGGAGAUCUAUGGAAGGAAGAACGGGGUCAAGCCACUCCAGUUGGUGUCAGACAGAUUGGCAGUCGCGUUUUGUCCCAGCGGUGCGGAGGUAGCAGUCUCGACAUCAAAUGGUCAAGUCGCCUUUGUCACACUCUUGGAUGGGACCAAAGAAUUCCUGGACAAUUGGAGGCUCCUACAAUCUGGGAUAUUGGUCAACGAGAUCAAUGAUCCUGCUGAACUGUCUGACUCAGAUGAUGUCCUGAAUAAAAUACAAGCAAGAGGUUCGGACAAAAUCAGCAACAAAGAGUACAUCAGAAAAUUCUACUACCAAUCAAUCCUGUUCAAAGAAAUCAAGGUCAUCGCCGCACAACUCCUACCAAAUUCUGUUUUCAAGCUGCUCAAGUCCAUCUCCAAAGCCAUGGUUGACGGCUCGUCUAAUCAUCUCCAGUUCAACCUUACUUGGAUCAACACUAUACUUCUCAUGGACGAUACCUCAAGAACCAUUCCAACAAGGUCGCGCUUACAAUGCGCUCUGUCCAAGAUGCCCUCCUCAACUCCUAUUCUUCCGUAUCUAAAAUAUUAA